CAUAGCCAUUCCCUUCAUUCAUUCAGGAAAAGGAAAAGGGGCAGAGAGCCAAAUGAUAUGAAUAUGAUGCGCCAGCGUCUGAAGAAGCAAGCCAAGACUAGUCUACUUUUCCUGGCUCGAUCUUUGAGUUCCUCCUCGUCCCACUCAUUUGGCUUUGCUCCCCAAAACUACUACUCCAUCCCACCAUCCAAGACUCACCUCUAUUCAUCCUUCUUUUGCACCCUUAUACACCUCUACUUGGCCUGCGGCAGAUUCUCCGAUGCUUCCCACGCCUUCUUCUCUAUGCGAAGUCAUGGCCUCGUUCCUGUUCUGCCUCUUUGGAAUCGGCUUCUUCACCAUUUCAGUGCCUCUGGUUUGUCUUCUCAGGUAUCCCUUCUCUACUCUGAGAUGCUCUCCUGUGGGGUUGUGCCUAGUGUUUUCACCCGCAACAUAUUGAUUCACUCUUUCUGCAAAGUCGGAAACUUGAGUCUGGCACUGCAUUUCUUAAGAAAUACUCAAAUUGAUACUGUUUCCUAUAACACUCUCAUUUGGGGCUUCUCCCAACAAGGAAUGCCUUAUCAAGCUUUUGGAUUUUUGUCUCAAAUGCUGCGGAGGGCUAUAUCCAUAGAUUCUUAUACUUGCAAUUUACUAGUUAACGGGUUUUGCCGAAUUGGCCUAGUAGAGUAUGCAGAAUGGGUUAUGGAUAAUUUGGUCAGUGGUGGAAUUACUCAGGAUGUUGUAGGUUUUAACACCUUGAUUGCUGGAUAUUGCAAAGCUGGACAAGUUAGCCGUGCACUCGAGUUAAUUGAGAGAAUGGAGAGGGAUGGUCUUCUUCCUGAUACUGUUACUCUUGUUCAUGGGUUUUGUCACGUGGGGGAUUUUGUAAAUGCCAAGAGUACAAUACAUAACAUUUUGACAUCUCAAGGAAACCAAGAUGGCCCUCAUAAUGAGAACUGGACUGGCAGUAUGAAUUUUAGACCAAAUGUUAUAACUCUCACCACUCUCAUUAGCGCUUACAGUAAGCAUCAAGGACUUGAAGAGGCUCUUUCUCUGUAUGAGGAAAUGGUUAUGAAUGGCAUUUUCCCGGAUGUUGUUACUUAUAGCUCCAUUAUAUAUGGUCUUUGCAAGCAUGGGAGGCUGUCAGAAGCCAAACUGCUCUUAAGGGAGAUGGAGAAAAUGGGUGUAAAUCCUAAUAAUGUCUCCUUCACUACCCUCGUGGAUUCUUUGUUUAAGGCAGGCUCUUCUAGGGAAGCUCUCAUCCUUCAAGGCCAAAUGGUGGUUCGCGGCCUAGUUUUUGAUUUAGUAAUUUGCACUGCUUUAAUGGCUGGACUGUUUAAAGUUGGAAAAGUCGGCGAGGCUAAGGACCUGUUUCGAACAAUUUCAAAGCUCAGCUUUGUUCCAAACUGUAUCACCUAUUCUGCUUUGAUAAAUGGGCAUUGCAAUUCAGGAGACAUGGGCGGUGCAGAAGCAAUACUCAGAGAAAUGGAAGAUAAACAUGUUUUCCCCAAUAUUAUCACUUAUUCUUCUCUCAUAAAGGGUUAUAUGAAGAAAGGAAUGAUUGGUGAUGCUAUUGGUUUAUUGAGGAAGAUGGUGCAAAAAAAUGUAUUGCCAAAUGUUUUUGUGUAUGCAAUACUAAUUGAUGGGUGUUUUAAGGCAGGUAAACAAGAAUUUGCCCUUGAUCUCUACAAUGAAAUGAAAAUUAGAGGAUUGGAGGACAACAGUUUCAUAUUUGAUGCUUUUGUGAACAACAUGAAAAAGUGCAGAAGGAUGGAACAAGCUGAGGGAUUAAUUAUGGAUAUGACUUCUGAGGGCUUGUUUCUUGACCGUGUUAACUACACAUCUCUGAUGGAUGGCUUCUUUAAAGUGGGAAAAGAGUCAAUUGCUCUUAACUUGUUCCAAGAAAUGGCGGAGAAAAAUAUAGGGUUUGAUGUUGUUUCAUACAAUGUCUUGAUAAAUGGUCUGUUGCGGCUUGGGAAAUAUGAAGUCAAAUCUGUCUAUACUGGAAUGAGAGAGUUGGGAGUGGCUCCCGACUGUGUCACGUACAAUACCCUGAUUAUUGCAUUCUGCAGAGAGGGUGACACUGAAAAUGCUUUUGAACUUUGGAAUGAGAUGAAGGGUCAAGGGUUCAUUUUAAAUUCAUUCACUUGUAACAUUCUGAUAGGAGGGCUUUGUGAAGAAGAUAAGAUUGAAAAAGCAAUGGAUGUCUUAAAUGAAAUGGUGGCUGUGGGUUCUCUCCCUACCUCAGUUACUCAUAGGCUUCUGCUUGAUGCUUCUUCAAAGAGUAGAAGAGCUGAUCCAAUUUUGCAAAUGCAUCAGAAGCUUGUAAGUAUGGGGCUUGACCUCAAUCAUGAUGUUUAUAAUAAUCUCAUCACUAUCUUAUGUAGGCUGGGAAUGACCAGGAAGGCCACUACAGUAUUAGAAGAGAUGACUGGAAGAGGAUUUUUAGCUGAUACUAUUACUUACAAUGCCCUUAUACGUGGAUAUGGUAUGAGCAGCCAUCUAAAAAGGGCUUUUGCUACACACUCAAAGAUGCUGGCUGAGGGAGUUUCUCCAAAUAUUGAAACGUACAAUAUUCUUUUAGGGGUCCUUUCAGGUGCUGGAUUGAUGACAAAGGCAGAUGAAUUAUUUAGUGAAAUGAAGAAUAGAGGCUUUCUUCCUAAUGCUUCCACAUAUGAUAUAUUGGUUUCCGGCUAUGGUAAGAUUGGAAAUAAGAAGGAAGCCAUAAGGCGUUAUUGUGAAAUGGUAAGCAAAAGUUUUGUUCCCAAUACUGGCACCUACAAUGUGCUUAUUAGUGAUUUUGCUAAGGUGGGAAAGAUGAGCCAAGCUAGGGAGCUUAUGAAUGAGAUGCAGGCAAGGGGUGCCUGUCCUAAUUCUUCAACAUACAGCAUACUAAUCUGUGGCUGGUGUAAGCUAUCAAAGCAGCCAGAGGUGGAGAAGAAGUUGCGAAAGUCAUACCGAGCUGAGGCAAAGAGAUUAUUAGCCGAGAUGAAUGAGAAAGGGUAUGUUCCAGGUGGAAGUACCCUUUCAUCUAUCAGUUCUACCUUUGCUAGACCAGGAAAGAAGGCUGAUGCUCAGAGGCUAUUAAAGGAACUGUACAUCAACAAGAACAUAUGAUACAUGGGCUCUAAAGAAAGAAAACAAGAAAUACCCAUCCUGGGAUAACAUCUUUUCAAUCAAUUCUAUGGCUAGUCCAAUUCUUCAAUUGGAAAACGAGUCCUGAAAUGCUAUGAUAUGCAUUCCCCAUGGAGUGCUAUUGAUGUACUGUUAACAUUUAGCCUCAGUGGCAAAGACUCGACAUGAUGCAUUCGAUGUGUUCAAUUGAAGAAGCUGAUGAAUUCUCGUGCAGUCAUGACAUACACUUCUGUGCAAACUGCUGGUGAUGAGGCAAUUUUGGGAACGAAAUGAUAUUAAAGGUGCUAUCAGUGCUAUCAGAAAGUCAUGCCUGUUACUUUUAUUAUCUUUAAGAAAGAAUGAACUUUAGUAAUAGGACUAGGCUCGCAUAGUAUGGACUAUGGAGCAAUUUGAAUUCCAGUUCUAACAAUAUCCAUCUCUUGCGGGCUUUCUGCUUUCUACGACAGCUGCACCAUAGAUGUUUUGCAGGAAGUGUUAGUAGUUUGAGAUAAUAAAUGUUGUGGAGUCUGAGAAAUAAGGAGUUUAAUGAUUGAGAGAAAGUGUAAUAUGCUGAGAUCGUGCAGGCGCCAAGUUGUGACAUAAAGGCAAGGAAAUCUCCAAGUCGAUAUUAAUGGUUCGUUAGAUAUAGUGAAGUCCAGCAAAGUCAAUUGUUUGGGUGUUAUAGUGAGGGUGGUGAGAGCAAGAUAGUGGUGGUUUGGGUGGGGGUGGUAGUAGCAACACAGUGACGGUUGAUUCUGGGCAGUGAUUGCAGGAGUAUGUUGGUGGUGGUGGGUGUUGGAUGGUGGCAGCAACAAUGAAGGUUGUGGUGAUCAAGGGUUCUGAGGAUGGUGGACGAUGUCAACGUUGUGGUUGCAUUGGUGGUGUGUUGAUGGCAGUGAUGGUGGCUGAGGCAAUGACAUUGAUAACGGUUGAAUUGUGGCGGUAAUAAUGGUGUUGGCAGCGAUGGUAUUAGGUGAUGGUGGUAGUGGAAGUUGGAGUUGGGGCUGCAAUUGCUCCGACUUAGUAGGGUUGGGGAUAGUCAAUUGUUGGAGUGAUGUGGGCGGCGGCGGCGGCGGCGACAAUGAAGACUGGUUGUGGUGGGUGGUGUUUCAUUUUUAUUUUGUUUUUUUAUGUAGAACUAUCAGUGUUUUUUUUUUUUUCUGAAACUAUCACUUAUUUUGGUAAAACUUAAGGUUGUAAAUUUAUGAUUUUUGUUUUUUGGGGGAAGAAUAGUUCAUUUUUAGUUGAUAUCCAAACACUAAACUUCAUAUCAUUUACUUUGAUUUUUCCCUUUAAUGCAUAAAUAAACUUUUUCCUUUUUUUUUUUA